AUGCGGCGCGACGAGGUUGCUCUGAUCUAUUCACUCGGACUUGUUGUGUUGUUGUUGGUAGUGACAUCGACGACUGAUAGUCCUGUGUUCUAUAAGAAUGACAUCACUGAUUGGAUGUGUUCGUAUAACAGAAUUCUGUGUGUAAAAAAUAUCCCUCCACAUAAUGACAUGUGCGAACCGGAGUUGCCAUACCCACCUGGUAAUGAGAGAGACGCGAUACUCGGAAUGUUCAUACCGAAGAGCGGAUGGACAGAAAACCACUUGGAGAUGAUGACGUUUGUGUUUUAUUUGAUGAGGAAAAUUGUUCCCGACUGUCAGAUAGUCCUCUUUUUGGGAGAACAGCUGAAGGGGAUUCAGGUGUGGGACGAGAUGGUUGCAAAGUAUCAAAUCAAAGCUGUUUACACGGCACUGCCAAAGGACUGGAACAUGAUCAAUCACCGCUUUGUCUUGUACAAGAACUACUUGAUCGAACAUGAAAAUGAAAUCGACAGAGCAAUCUUCUGCGAUUCGAAGGACAUUUACUUCCUCAGAGACCCCUUCACAAAAAUCGCGAAGAACAACUCGCUGAUUGUUGGAAGGGAAUUCAGAAGUAUCGACCCCGACGACUUCUACUCAUACGACGGGUUCUAUCAGUAUUAUAACAACUUCAUUUGGAUGAAGGAGGCGUACGGACAAGACUACGCAGAGGAACUCCGACUCAAAAAAGCGCCAAUCAACAACGCUGGAUUUGGUGGGGGUGACGUGAAAAGCAUGAUAACUCUAUUCACAAUGUGGACUGACGAAAUGAUUAAAAUUGGAGGACAAAGGCGGUGGGGCUUCGACCAAGCCGUCUACAACAAGCUGGUUUACUCCGGAGAACUGAAGAAGAAAAUACCUUUCAUGCACCUUGCCGAUUGUAAACAUGACAGGAUUUGUAUGUUCUCCACACAAAGGAUUGAUCUUCAAAAUGGAGUCCCUUAUCUCUUUGAUGGAUGCAUCCCCCAUGUUCUUCACCGAGAUGGGUUAACAUAUAAGAUGAUGGACGCCCAACGUUACCCAGAUAAUUAA